AUGAAUUUACUAGCGCCCGCUUUCAACUUAACCACCGAACUCCCCGCCCUCCACAUAAAUGCUAGCAGCUAUGCUUUCGCCAAUAAUUUAAUCGCUGAAAGCUCCAACAACAGCAAUGCGUUCCUUGAUGAACAUUACGCUAACGGUACAGACGUUGGCUUUUUCGAUGGCUUCGUGAAUAACGGCAGUGAGAGUGCUUUCAACGAGUUAAUCGCCAACAUAAGCACAAUUGCAUACGACUUUGGCAAACAAUUAGUAAGCACAGUAAUCGAUGCAAAUGCCGAUGCUACAACACCCGCCGUCUACACAACACCCAUCCCACCGUCAGCAGCGGUGUCGGCAGCCACGAUGCGGGCUAGUGCUGCCGGUGCUGCCAAUAAUAAUAGUGUGGGCUACCACAGUGUGUCAUCAUCGCUGAAUAACUGGUGGCAUAACGCCACAAAUUCAACGACACUCACCACCAUCGAUGAAGGGAUGCGGAGAGAAGGCGGCGUGCUCGAUUUCGCUACAGCUACGGCUAGAGGGAAUGCGAGGAAUACGAGCACUGAUGCUGAUAGUUGGGUGACAAAUACACAGAAUAUUUACAGCAACUACGACGACGAAGAAUUAGACCCGUGCCAUCCAAACAAUUCGAAAUUCAACUGCACACAGACUGACUUUGUGAAAUUCCUGCUCGGACCGCAAACGCUGCCGCUCUAUAAAGCGUUACUGAUUACAAUAAUUUUCGGUGGAAUAUUCAUAACCGGCAUGCUGGGCAAUAUUCUGGUGUGUGUUGUUAUUAUACGCCAUCCAACAAUGCACACGGCAACGAACUACUACUUAUUCAGCCUGGCAGUCUCGGAUUUAAUCUACCUGCUCUUUGGCUUGCCCGCGGAAAUAUUCCUCUACUGGCACCAAUAUCCCUACCUAUUUGGACUACCCUUCUGCAAGAUACGCGCGUUCAUCUCAGAAGCCUCGACGUACGUCUCCGUACUCACAAUCGUCGCCUUCUCCAUGGAGCGCUUCCUCGCCAUUUGCCACCCGCUGCAUUUGACCGCGAUGAGCGGCUUUAAGCGCGCAGUUCGCAUUAUAGCCGCGCUUUGGAUUCUCAGCUUGUUGGGCGCCAUACCAUUCGGUCUGCUCACGGACAUUCAAUACUUGAAUUAUCCCUUAACUGACACGACAAUACCGGAGUCCGCGUUCUGCAGCAUGUCGCAUUACCCUGAAGAGUUUCCACUGUUUGAGAUCUCGUUUUGCUUCUUCUUUGUCAUACCGAUGCUGCUGAUAAUCAUCUUGUAUGGCAAGAUGGGAGCACAGAUACGUUUCAGCACGACGCUGCAGUUGGGCGUUCAACAGGGCUCCAUGCACCGGGAAUCUCGACAUCAGCAGUCACGCAAAGCUGUAAUACGCAUGUUGGCCGCCGUUGUAGUGACCUUUUUCAUUUGCUGGCUGCCAUUCCACAUGCAGCGCUUAUGGUUCCUCUAUGCCAAAGAACAAAACAAUUUCCAAGAGAUAAACGAGUGGAUGUUCUCCAUCGCCGGUUUCACGUACUAUGUGUCGUGCACGAUCAACCCGAUUUUGUAUAAUGUGAUGUCGCACCGGUACCGGGUUGCCUUCAAGGAUAUACUGUGGGGCAAGCGGCGGAGCGUGUACUAUAACAAUGGCUUUGCUAGAGACCAGUCCAGCUUUCGAGAGACGAUCGCUUCCAGCUUGGGUGGCAACAGCACAUACGAUCGCGUACAUUCGGUAAGAGUGCGUUCAAUGCGGCACGCCAGUAACUAUAGAGACCGCAACUCUAUCAAGACAAAAAAUGUGCUAUGGACAAAGGAUAUAGACUACACCGUGCCGCUUAAAAAGGAUACGCUGGACAGCAAGCUAAAGUAUAGCACGAACGUUGUAGUUGUUGUGGACAAUGGCGGCAUCAAUGGGCGACCCAAAGUUUUCACAGAAAACGAAGCCGAGGCAACAUUGAUGAGCAAGAAUAACGAGACAUGUAUAUAAAGACAGCUGGUGGAUGCAACAAGGAGGCAGCUAACAUAAAAUAAGCGAUCGAGUGGUUUGAGUUGCAUGUAGAUACGUAUGUGGUAGUGUGAAGUGCGUUUGCAGGACAGCGAGUUUAAGCCAAAACCAAAUGCACACUCACAAACCAAUGCUUUGGCGCUGUGAAUGGGCAUUACAAACUAAGUCAAUAUGUGUGUGUAUGUAUGUAUAUAUAUUUUGUAUAUAUCACAUUUGUUAUUAUACUAAAAGGAAUAACAGUUUUUCCACUAUUUAUGAGUUACAAUUAGUUAGUUUAUGCAACGAGUACUGAGUGUAAACAAACACUGUGAAGAUAUUUGUCUAUAUGUAAGAAAUUUGAUAAUAGCUACUGUCAGUGUAUAUUGGCAACGAAUUUAAGAAAUUUAUUUAUAUUCGCCUCAGCCGCAAAGCAUGCAAUUAGUUUAUUCGUUCAUAAGUUAGUAAAUAGUUGAUGCAAUUUUUGCGGUGCCAACAAACCCACACCCCGCGUGUGGAAGUCAGAGUGCGAUGUAAUUAAUAAAAGAAAAUAUAUAAAU